AUGUUGACGCCCGUCCCCAAUCGAAGAGCAAGUUCGCCAACUCGUCUCAGACGCGACAUUGAGGCUCAAAUCAUGGCCUUAGAUGUCUCAAUAAAGGAGAUCCAGCUCAAACUGAGUGAUCUGCAGCUUCAGCGGGCUGCAUUGGUGUCUGAAGUCGACCAACUUGCAAUUGAUUUCUCGACGCCUAUUCAUCUUCUCCCCCCAGAAAUCAUUGGGGAGAUAUUUCAAUACUUCCAGCCAUACUUUUCGUCAUCACUACUAACGGACGCAGAAUCAAAACAGACAGCUCGCAUUCCAUGGUUCUUAGGCUCUGUUUGUCAUUCGUGGAGGCAAGUUGCUAUGAGUCUCCCCGCACUAUGGUCUGUGCUCAACAUCAACGAUACUCCUCGAUACGUGGAUAGCCCCGUGUGGACGGGACACGAAGAUGGGGUAGCACGCCACACGCCACAGCACUGGCUGACAUAUCUUCCGAGUGAUGAUUUUGAAGUUGAAUUGCAGCAAUCGCCCCGAGACACAACACAAGAAGAUUUUGAAGGAUUUUACACCGAGAAUAGGCUCGAGAUCGUCAAAGCAUGCCUUGAACGCUCGGGAACCCACGGGUUAUCCCUCCGUUUACGAAACAUGAACGUCUUCGCCUCGAAAUUUAUUCUGGACCUGCUGUUGCAACAUGCCCGCCGCUGGGAGCAGAUUUUCCUGGUGGACCCUCCCCUUGCCGUAUGUCUUCAGAUACGAAACCGUCGAAGACUAUUUCCUCGCCUAAGACACUUGACUGUCGAGGGUCCCCAGUGGUGGAGUGAGCAAACCACAUCAAUCCUAUCCGCCCUCGACUCGCUAUUGCCAGGUUCUGCGUCACCGCUGGCACGUGUAACCGAAAUCAAGCUUUUCAACAUUGUCCUGAAAGAAGGCUCCGUUCCCAUUCAGUGGUCUGGGAUAAAAAAAUACAGCGAAGUUGCAUGUUAUAUCGAUCCCAGUUAUCGGACCAUCAUUUUCCAGCAGCUCGUAAAUCUAGUGUCUCUGUCAAUCCAGACAAUCUCCGACUUUAUGUGGACUGAACACAUCCUCUUCCCCAAUCUUCGCUAUGCCUCGUUCGCCUACAAACAACAUGGUGAAUUCGCAGUGGAAGGCCCGAUCCUCUUUGAAAUGCCAAAUCUAGAAGACUUUUCGAUUUCUGCCUGGCGAAUGCGUUCACUGAGUGACUGUGUACCACGUCGCUCGUCCCAUCUCCGCAGGCUAUCUGUCUUGUUGAUGUGCGUGGAUGUUUGCCAGGGGGACACUGAACAAGUGUUUGCUCUUUUUCCCGAGCUGGAAGACGUCUCUCUAUGGGGAUCUAACUACCUCACAGAUAGCACGCUGGAAAGCUUGACUCCGAGCCCUCGACGUCCAUAUCUCCUCCCGCGGUUGGAGACUUUAUGCCUGUCCAGCACUGCCUUCGCCCACGGAGAAUGCAAAUGGACCACAUUACUCGAUAUGAUCCAUGGACGAUUUGGACCCCUUGCAACGACCGCAGCGCUGAGCCGGCUUCGAAGUUUGGAAUAUGUCUAUGACCCCGCGGGGUACGAUGAUGAGGUUGGCAAGGCGUUACGGACACUCCAGCGGCAGCAAGGUUGGGAUAUACGUGUAAGAACCAAUCAUCAUCGGAUUCUGUGGACCGAGUUGGGAAUACAGUGGCUACCGUCACUGACAUCUGAACCAACAGUUUGGUACUGA